CAGGAGGAUGCGGGCGCCGCCCUCCGCGGCGGCGGCGGCAUGGACGAAGACGGCGAGCUGGAGGAGGGGGAGGCGUACGGCGACGACACGGCCUUCGUCGACCCCGACGUCGCGCUCUCUUACAUUGAUGAAAAACUCCAAGAUGUACUAGGCCAUUUCCAGAAGGACUUUGAAGGAGGCGUGUCUGCAGAGAAUCUAGGAUCCAAGUUUGGUGGAUAUGGUUCAUUUUUACCUACGUACCAGCGUUCCCCCCUCCUGCCCCAAACUAGAACUCCACCUAAGGCAGCAAACCUUGGCUCAAGAUCUCCUUAUCACCAGUCUAUUGAGGCUGUGCCUCAGAACCCGACGGCUGUGGCGGUUCCGUCUGUUUCCCAGAACAGUGGUUCCGCAUUACCUUUUUCGGGUGAUUCAGUUAAAAAGGAAAGAUGUGAAAGUGCAACAGCUAAAAGGAGCACUAGCAAUCAUGAUCCUUCAUAUGGUUCAUCUAAGUCUAGUGAUCAGAACAGAUUUAAAGUUCGGAUAAAAGUUGGUUCAGACAAUGUCUUGGCGAGAAAUAAUGCAGCUAUUUACAGUGGUCUGGGCCUUGAUAUUUCUUCACCUUCAUCUGUGGAGGAUAGUCCCGAUGGCUACAGGGGCCUCUCCCCGGAAUUUGACAAUGUACAACUUGAAUCCCCUCGGACCAUUCUUCAGAUCAUGACAUGCUUCUCAGUUCCGGGAGGGUUCUUACUAUCCCCUCUGAAGGGCAGUAUUUUGCAAUUGACGAAAAAGGUUGUGCCUUCAUCAAAGACACGGGAAACAAGCGCGGAGAUAGAAAAUGCACAGGAAGCAUCUGAAGGGCAUGUAGUUAAGAAAAUGAAGCCUGAUGGUAAGAAAAAGAAACCCAUAGAGGUGAAGAGGUCAAGUAACAUAAAUGAUCCAACUGCAGUUAUGAAAAAGGAGAUCGAUAUAGAAACACUUGUUGGUCAAAAGAUCGUAUCAGAAGCUCUCAACAUACCCAUUUUGUCUAGUUCCAGAGGCAUGGAGACAAAGGGCGAGAGUCACUUUGAAGAGGAGACAGCAGGAAAAUAUUUGGAAGGAAAUAAGGAUGCCCGGUUGAAAGAAGGGGCUAUAAACAGCAACAUAAAGACAAUUAAAACUGAAACUGUCAAAGUGGAGACAACUAAAUGUUCAGAAAGUGGUGGUCUUGGCAGCUCAGAAAUUGAAUUUUCAGCAGCAAAAAGGGAACUGAAACCCAUGACAGAAAAGACAGCGACUUUGGAAGAGAUGAAUACAACUAAUGACACUGAUCUUCUGUUGGAUAGGAAGCAUGAAAGAAGAAUAAAACCUGAGAGUAAAAGCAAUGGUGCUGGAGUUAGCUUUGAAGAUAACACGGUUAUAGAUGAAAGAACUCCUGCUGUUUGCAGGAGCAUGGAAAAAGUGCCUAGCAAAGAAACUUCACUUUAUGAUGCAAAUUCGAAAAAUAACACCAAGAGUGAGGCCAAAAGAAUCCAUAGGGAGCAAAAAAAGAAUGCUGCAACAUCUUCUGAUUUCCUGGAUGUUGACAACGGGGCUCGUUCUUCUGCGGCAGUCAAAGAGAGAAAACAUGAUUCUCAGUCCAAAUCUAGUCACUCCGGGAAGAAACCCAAAGCAAAAUCACAUAGAGAUGUCAAGGACAGUUUGCCUGACGGAUCUUAUGGAUGCAAGGAGCAAGUUAUAUUGGAGAAUGGAGGUGGAUUGGGAGAGUUGCAGCCAAAGGAAAAGUCUUGGAGCAAAAGGGAUUUUGAUAUGCCUGGGGCUUCAAAGAGGGAGAUUUCAUCUGGUGCAAAGCAUGAUAGACAUACAGCUUCUGAGGAGCAGAAGAUGCAUGUACUUCCAGCUUCUGUCUCAACUGCAAAUGCAGCCCCUGCACCCCAAGUACCACACCUGAUAGAUGAACAUUGGGUUCAAUGUGACAUAUGCCAGAAAUGGCGUCUCUUACCAUAUGAAACAGAUAUGAGUACCCUUCCAAAGGAGUGGAAAUGUAGCAUGCAACUGUGGCUACCUGGAAUGAAUAGGUGCGAUGUUGGUGAGGAUGAGACUACAAAUGCUCUCAAUGCACUAUACGUCUUACCAGCCCCUGCCAACGGCAUUCCUCCAGUUGGUCAUUCUCAUGUUGCUUCUUCAGGACUAACAACAGCCUUCAAUGUAAAUGGACAUGCUGAACAGAGUAGGAAAAGGAAAAGUGCUCCAGGUGAUAGAAUAAGUGUCAUUGAUGGUGGCCACUCAACACAAGCUUCAGCUUAUCCAGUGGGCAGCCAACAUGCUCCUACUAGAAUUAAAUCUAGUGCUGAUAGUAACCAGUAUCAUACUGAGAGAAAUUCUGUGAGCAAAUCAGUUGACCCUUUUACUGAAAAGAAGAAGUCCAAGAGUAAGAGCCGUGGCAGCCAUUCUGAUGGAGGAGAUCUCAUGGAAAGACCCAAGAAGCAUUCAAAAGGAAAAAGUAAGAGAGAGAUAGAUCAUUGUGAAUAUAAAGCUUCUAAGAAAAUAAAAAAGGAGGACCGGCAUCGUUCUAGCAGAGAUAGGAAUGCUAAAUGUGAUUUAGCGAGUGGAGACAUUCCUGAUGAGGCCAAGGCUUUGCUUUUGAAGGCAACAAUCUUAAACAAUUUGGGUGAAAAAGGUGAUGUUUCUUCAUUAAAGCAACAAAGCGCUCCUAGGUAUGAUCGUUUGGAUAAAUCCAAGAGAGACAAGGACGAUGAUGUAGUUCUUUCUGAAGACAGGAACAAGGAAACCUUUCACACCUCAGAUGCACAAAGAUCAGACUUUUCUACCAAGAAGAGGAUAGUAAAGGAAUGGGAGGAGAGUCAGCACAAUUCUUCAACAGCUCAUGUGAGCAAUGGAACCACAGUGAACCACAGCUCUGCUGCCAAGGAAACCUAUAAGGAUCAGAAUUUAAAGGAAACAAAGCCAAAGUUGAAGAAGUCUGAAGAACUGUACUCAACCACGGAUUCCAGAUCAGUAAAAGGUCAGAUUUUAUCUUGUAAUGAAGGGCAUGUAAACAAUGAACUCGUCGAGGAUAGCACAGAUUUUGCGGGCAAAAGAGGUUUGAGCUUGGUUGGACCCGCUUCUGGUGACAUGGCCCACAUUCAGACUGCAGCUGUGACUUCAAGCUCUUCAAAAGCUUCAGAUUCACAGAAGAAGAAACAUAAUUCCCAUGUUGCGAAGAUUUCGCCAAUUGAGUCAGUUUCCUCAUCACCAGUGAGAAACUCUAACAUUGAUAAGCCCCCCCAUAACAGAAUAUUGGAGAAAGAUGGACCUAUGAAUACUAAUUCAAGCACCAUGCCGAGUUCAGUAAAGCAUCUAAAUAGUGAAGCUGGUAUAGUGGACAAUGUUCGGCAGGCUAAGAAAUCUAAGGAUAGUCUGCUUGCAAGUGAACCUGUCUUGCAUAGUUCUUUGCAAGGAAGUUCUGACAAAGAUGAUGAUCUGGUUCAGUUAACUCGAGGUCACGCGCCCGAAAGACUUUCUUUGAGAAAGGGUUUGGAUGAUGAUCCACAUCAUGCAUCUGGGAGAAAGGAUUCCACUGUGAAUGGCUCCAGUGCAUCUAGGGGUUAUAACCACUUGCAUUCUGGUGAUAAAAAUAGCUCGCGCACUGAUGGCUCUGUGGUGCAACCUAGAGCUGCAGUCUUGGACGCUAAAGGAGAUACAGUUGCGAAUGCUCAUACGAAAAGUGCAGCUUCCAUGCAAGACAGAAAUGGAUCAACUCAUUGCCCCCCGGAUGGAAAUUUUCAACCACAGUUGUCAUCCGGAAAAGAUAAAUUAUAUCCCAAGAGUAACAAGCAAGAUACAGAGAAGCCCAAAGCCCAAAUGGUUCCUUCACCUUUGAAAGAAACCCACUCCACUCCAGUAAAACCCAGUGCGUCAAAAUUGACACCACAGUCAAGGAGAUGCAGUGAUGAAAAUGGAGGGCAACACGGUGUUUCAAAACAGGGUGCUUCAAAUCCCGCAGACACUUCCAGUCCAGCUAUGAAAGAUGGUAAUUCAACUGCAUAUGCUCUCAAAGAAGCUCGGGAUUUAAAGCACAAGGCUAACCGUUUGAAGAAAGAAGGAAAAGAUCUUGAAAGCACAAGGCUUUACUUUGAGGCAGCCUUAAAAUUUCUGCAUGUAGCGUCACUUCUGGAACCUCCUAGUAUUGAUGGUGGGAAACAAGGCGAUGCAGCUCAGAGCAUGUUUUCUGAUACUGCAAAACUCUGCAACUUUGUUGCUCACGAAUAUGAAAGGUGCAAGAAGAUGGCUGCUGCUGCUUUAGCAUAUAAAUGUGUCGAAGUAGCUUAUCUCAAGGCUGCAUACUACAAAUACCCUAUUGCAAGCAAGGAUCGACAGGUGUUGCAGGCAGUUGUACAGACUACACCAGGUGAAUCACCAUCAUCCUCUGCCUCAGACAUUGAUAACCUAAAUAACAAUGGAUUAUCUAAGAAGGCCCCUUCAAACAAGGAUGCUAAUUCACCUCAAGUUGCGGGGAAUCAUUUGUUACUGGCUGUUCGCAAUCAACCACACUUGACAAGGUUACUAGCUUAUACGAAUGAUGUCAAUUGUGCCUUUGAGGCAACUCGGAAAUCACAGACGGCAAUUGCUUCUGCUGCUGGCAACCAUGAAAAAGGAGUAGAUGGUGUUUCUUCAGUGAGAACUGUUCUGGAUUUUAACUUCAGAAGUGUGAAUGAUCUACUCAGACUCGUGCGGCUUUCAAUGGAAUCUAUCAGCUGCUGACAUGAUCAGAAUCGAAGAAAAUGACAUGAUGGUAGUAUUUAGUGGAAAAGUUCAAUAGUGCAGAAUCCUUAGGUCUUUUCAUUUAGGCAUGCUGGUUAAUUUGUACAGGAAGUUGGUUUGAGAUUCUUCUUAUUUUUGUUUCCUUAGUGGCAUCCCGUUAUUAUGCAUAGUCACUGGCAGCCUAGCAUCAACUUGGAAGAUCUGAACUGUCUAGCAACUGAGGCAGCUGAAGAUGAGCUUCAUUGCUCCACAGUUGCGAUCCUUUGGACACUGAAGGCAUGUAACUCUCAGAUUGCACUUGAUAGGAAAAUGCAAAAUAUUACCUGGAAAAUGGCUCGUUCUCAAGUACUCUCUUUGCCUACAUGCUGCAAAUCAUGCGGUUUGUCACUGAGCUGGCUUAUGGUUGAAGAGUCUGUCAAUUUUUCUGUGUACUGUACAAGAUGAUGUGUUCCCUGCUUAACAGUUUUGACGGGGAGAGGUCAACAGUGUCAAUUAAGAGUGCAAACCAAGAAAACACCUGGUGGUGUUUCUUUUUCGGUAUUUUUAAGAGGGCAUGUAUUCUGGAGAAAGUUCAAGCAGGCUUCAAAGAAGUAACCACUUGGACCAUUACCUGUGUAUGAACAUUGUACAAACAUUUUUCAUGUGGAAUAGGCUAACCCGUUUUUUCAUUAUCAAUACCAGAGACUGUCAGCGGAACAUGUACAUGUAUAACAGUAAAGUCUCGGACUCCGUCCAAGUUUUAGUCCCCAUUACCCA